AGAUGAAGGGGACACGAGCAGUAAUGUUUACUUUAUUGGCCCUGGCAUUUCUCAUCACCCGAUACAGCGAUGCAGUAGUAGUGGCUUCCCUGGAAGCUGAAAAAACACCCAAGUACUGGAAUGAUCAGGCCAAGGAAACAUUAGCAAAUGCUAUCAAACUGACCCCCAAUAACAAUAAAGCAAAGAAUCUCAUCAUGUUUCUGGGAGAUGGAAUGGGUGUCACCACAAUAACUGCAGCUCGUAUAUACCAGGGACAAUUGUUGAAGCAGUCUGGAGAGGAGAAUAUAUUAGAGAUGGAGACAUUUCCUUAUGUUGCACUUUCUAAGGUGUACAAUGUAGAUGCACAGGUUCCAGACAGCGCAGGUACAGGAACAGCCUAUUUGUGUGGGGUAAAGACUAAUUCUGGGAUGCUGGGUGUGAGUGCAGCUGCACAGCCUUCAGUCUGCACUAGUGCCAAUGGGAAUGAAGUGGAAUCCAUACUUCACAGAGCAAAGCAAGAGGGUAAAUCAGUGGGUAUUGUGACAACCACUCGUGUCCAACAUGCCUCGCCAGCUGCAGCCUAUGCUCACAUUGUCGAUAGGGACUGGUACUCAGACAACGAGAUGACUGACAAUAUGAUUAACAGUAGCUGCAAGGAUAUUUCACACCAACUGGUGUACAACACGGAUAUAAAUGUGAUUCUGGGAGGUGGGAGAGCCUACAUGAGUGCCAAGGGCACACCUGAUCCAGAAUAUCCAACCAGUACAUCAAAUCAAGCUGUUCGUAAGGAUGGCCGGAACUUAACUGAUAUAUGGCUGAGCACAAGACAGCGGGCACAAUAUGUAUGGAACAAAGACCAGUUUAAUGCUGUAGAUGAGGCUAACACCGAUUACCUUAUGGGUCUUUUUGAGCCAAAAGACAUGAAGUAUGAAUUGAACCGAGAUCAUUCCUUGGACCCAUCCCUGGCUGAAAUGACUGAGAAGGCCAUCAAGAUUCUGAGAAAGAAUUCCAAUGGGUUCUUCCUUUUUGUAGAAGGUGGCAGAAUUGACCAUGGUCACCAUGAUACAAAUGCCAAGAAUUCAUUGACUGAGGCUGUUGAAUUUGACAAAGCCAUCAAGAUAGCUGGACAGAUGACAUCUGAAACUGAUACAUUAACGGUUGUAACUGCUGACCACUCACAUGUGUUCACCUUUGGAGGAUACGGAGAUCGUGGCAACAGUAUUUUGGGAAUGGCUCCCAGCAGAGCUUCGGAUGGCUUGCCCUAUACGAGCUUGUUGUAUGGCAAUGGACCUGGCUUCAAGAUUAAUACAGGAUCUCGUGAAAACAUUACUAGCGUUGACAUAGAGGGAAAUUAUAGACAGCAAACUGCUGUCCCACUUUCAUCAGAGACACAUGGAGGCGAGGAUGUAGCUAUUAUGGCAAAAGGGCCCCAUGCACAUCUCUUCCACGGCAUCCAUGAGCAGAGCUAUAUUGCCCAUGUAAUGGCUUAUGCAGCUUGCUUGGAACCAUAUAAAGACUGUUCUUUCAAUUCAGGUUUUCUCACUGCUCCUUCCAUCAUGCUGCUUUUGGUCAGUGUAUGUGGAGCUCUCUUGCGAUGAGGGUGUGAAUUCCUUUUUUUGAUGGCCUCUACUUCCUGUCUUA